GUCACUGUUCCAUUCUUAUACUAUCGUUUCGUUAUAAAUGGCUCCAAUGCAAUCAAGGAAACAAGGCACUAAGCGAAAAGCAAAGCCCACAAAGGCUGCUCACAAAGCAGCCCGCAAGGCAAUUGAAGCAUACCAUUCAUCCUCUGAUGAAGACAAAGAACAAUCUGCUUUCGAUGAUGAGGAUAUCAUGGACACGCUCGAUGAUGUUUGUCUUUCUGAUGAUAUGAAUGAAAAAAGUGAGGACAAUAAGGACGAUGCUUCAUCUUGUAAAGCUGAAGACAGCGCAUCUGCCGAUAAAUAUCUGCCAGCUUCAUUGAAAGGAUCUUCCAAACUGGCAUCAACCAUUUCUAAGCUUUUGACAUCAGAUACACCAGUCAAGUCAAAUGAUGCAUCAUCAGGCACAGAAUUAAGACCCAUUCUAUCAAAGAAAAGAAAGAUUGAAACGGAUAUUGAUGAAGAAAAGCUGGAUGCAAAAGCAAGAAAGGUACUCUCUGCUGAACGGAAAGCAUACAAUGAAAAGAAUCGAGUUAUUCCCGAUCAUACUGGCAUAGAUUAUGAAAAACGACUUAGAAAGCUUGCAACUCGUGGUGUCGUGCAGCUAUUUAAUGCAAUUAGAGCUGUUCAACGAAGUACUGAAGAGCUUGAAGAAGACGGAGUUCAAAAACACAGCGCAGAAGCACCUGUUUUGUCCAAGCAAACAUUUAUCAAAACGCUAAAAGAGGAAAACACUCGUAGUGCAACAAAUGCUAGUAAGCCUAAUGGCAAGAAAUCUGCCGUUGACGACAAUACUGGAGUUGCAUGGAUCAAGUCUGAUUUUGCCAUGAAAGCUCCAAAACACUGGGAUCAAGAGGAGGAAGAGGAAGAGGAAAUGGUGUUGUAAUUCUCUUGAAGUAGUUUUUUGUUUGAUUUAUUGGUGUA